AUGUCACGUGAAACUGUGUUGCAUGCACAGGAACAAUUUCUUUCGACACAAUUCAUAACACUGAAUGCUCUUUCGAAAUUUGAUUUCGAUACCUAUACAGCCGCAUCAAUUGAUCAAUUGAAUAAAACUACUGUUGCCGAGUUUUACGCGGACAAUCAUUUCAUAUCAUCGAUUAUAGACCAAUAUGAAUAUACGUCUGCAUUGCGUACUAAUUUCUAUACCAUAAGUAUUCCUGGUAGCAAUAGCUAUACAAAUUUCCCUACUGUCUAUCCAACGCAAGCCAAUUUAGAUCAGUCAUCGUUCAUAUCAAAUGGAACAUGUUCAUGUGAUGUCACAAGUAAUUGUGCUUAUCCUGCAGGCAUUUAUAAUCAUUCGAUGAGCAUUGUUCCAAACGAAAUCUUUUUACCUGAUGCGUCACUUCUAUUUGCUGUAACAGGAUUUAAAAUAGGAUGUGUACCACAAAAUGCAUUACUUCAAUCAACACUUGAAUGCUUGUACUACCAAUCAUGUUUGAAUAUGUUUGUUGCAUUGACUGCAGCAAUUACCACAGUUGCACCAUUAAAUAUGUCAAGCUCUUCGCGAUUUCUUCCAACAACUACUAUUGAACUUAUGUUCAAGAACUUAAUGCUUGAAUCUUAA